CCACACCCUAACUUCAAAAAUCUCAAAUAUUAUUCUGUUCUUAAUAAAACAGUAAAAUCGCCUUGUAAACACAGUUACUUCUUUGUUACAGAAAUGACAAACAAACCUGUUGUUCCACAAAAUUCCCAGACACCAACAGAUGAUACAGUUGAACGAUUUGAUCCGCAGUCGAUAAGCUUACGAGCCCAGAAGAAGCUAGUCGGGAGUUUACCAAAAGGAAUCAUUAAAUUAUUUCUUGACGAAUCAUCGGCUCGUCUGUUUGAAAAUAUAUUUAGUCUGAUCAAGCAAUACACAGGAUCUAGCAAACUGGCUGCUUAUCUAACGAAACAAGCGAUUAAAUUAAACGUUAAAGCUCUAAUCUUGAUAUCUAAUAACAUAUUAUCAGAUGAAGAAUUAAAUCAUGCCUACGAAUUCCAUGAGAAAUGUCAUCAAGUAGCUGAGAUCAGCCUUCGGUUAGGUCGACCAAAACGGCGCUUAUUGCCGGGUGUUGAACCUUCAAUUGAUAAACUGAUUCAAAUGAUGAAAGAAGCAAAUCAGACAUUAGUAGAUGCUGUAAAACAACACAUAAGCCAGGCUUCACAGGAAAAAUUCAAGGAAUUUUCUGACUUUUUUUGUCAGCGUGAAUUUGUUGUUGAAGUAUUCACAAAUAAAAACAAAUAUGCAGCCCAUAUGGAGAAAAUUUAUGACGACCUUGAAGAUAUGAUGGAUCGAGGUUUAUUUUAAUGUUAGAAAGAGGAAAUAAACAAUAACUAUUUGAAAAAAAAACAGACAGAAACAUUAUAAUUUCUACCUGAAACAAGAUGAUAAUCAUAAAUAUGUUUCAAAUGCUGCUGUGGGGCUCAAUCAUAUGUAAACUAGCAUAUAAAAAAUUAAGUCAUUAUUAUGAAUAUAUCUUUAAGUAAAUUGUCAUUUUAUGUUUGAAAGAUAAUUUAAUUAUAAUCUAGCAUAACUACUAUUAGUAAGUAGUUGGUUUUCAGAUCGCUUUGCUAAAGUUUAACUGACUAACAGUCCACCACUUCUUGUUCAACAGUUUACAAAAUCAUUCAUUCAAAAUAUUCCUAUUUAUAUCUUACCUUGAAAGAGUAUGCAUAAAAAUGUAUAAUACACAUUGAAUGCAUCGGGCAACUAGUGUACAAAGGUAAGGAAAAACCAAAUAGCUUUUAAUGGUUUAAGCAGUUAUGAAGUAACAUUGUUUUCAGGUCUCGAGGACCACACUUAAAAUGGAUUAAAAAAAAAACAAGUAAAAAUGAAGGCUGUUUCAGAAUGUCAAAUAAACAUUCCCAGUGAUCUAUCCAUCCAACUCCAUUUAAUACGGACCAAUUAGAAAUUGAUAGAAUACUAAAUUUAGUUUUAAUCUUUACUCCGAACAGCUUUAAGUUUCCUGAUACUCUUAACAUCU